AUGACCGCCAUGCUCCGUCUCGCCCCCACUGCCCGUCUCGCCGUCCGACAACUCUCCACCACCGCCGUCCGAAGGGAAGAGGCCGCGGCCGUCGGCACCGUCGGCGCUGUCCCCGUCAAGCGUCCUGUUGGAGGCUUCCGCUCGACUAACGCCCCAUCACAGUUCUUCGGCUUCUCCUUCGCCUCCGCCCUCUCCAUCUACUACCUCCAAGAAGAGACCAAGGUCGCCACAGGCCUCUUGACGUCCAGCAUCGAGCAGCUCCAGCAGGGUACCGGUAAAAUAACAACCCACCUCGACCGACUCCAGACUGUCGAGAAAGAGCUCGCGGCGCUCAGGGCCAACGCUUCUGUGAAGGAGGACGUGACCAAGGUCCGAGGAGAGAUGAAGAAGGUCUACGAUGGCCUUCAUCUGGAGCUUCUGGACUUGCGUGCACAUGUGUGGGGUGUGGAGCAGGACUUGCAGAAUGUGGUCAAGACUGGUGGGUAA